GCGACGAUAAGUUGGGGGCGUCUAAACUGUAGCGGUAUUUUACCCAAAACGUUAGUUUCGUACUUGAAGCUCCUGAAACCUGAAACUGAAAUGCCUGUUAUUGAAAGCAUCGGUCGCCGGCAAUGCAUCCCGAUUAUCUACACGAGAGGAACUCACUAUGAAGUUGGAUUCGAUGUCGGCCGUAACUUCGCCUCCAUUAUCCAAAGUUUCCUAGAACAGAGCACAAGCCUUCACGAGGAUUUCCUUCCGGCUUAUGACACCCCAGAAGGCCGUAAAGCUUACGAAGACACCCUUAACUGUGUAAAAGCCAAUUUUCCCCAAUACAUUGAUGAACUGCAAGGGACUGCCGAUGGGGCCAAAGUGCCUUUCCAUGAAUUAUUUCUCCUCCACAUGGACAACAUUAUUCUAAAUGCCCGCCAAGAAGACGGAUUAAAACAACCUUACGGGUGUUCGACAAUUUGUGUUAAUCGUGGAGGACAGGAAAUCCUUGGCCACACCGAAGACGCUUUGAAGGAGACUUUGAAUCACUUUUACUUCGUCUCGGCCCAUAUCAUAUCGGACAAACCGCAAGGACGUUGGAAUGUUACAGAGGAAAAAUUCACGUCUUUGUGCUACGCCGGCCACUUGCCGGGCUAUACCAUGAGCUACAACCACCACGGUCUAGUCUUUUCCAUCAACACGCUUUCUGCAAAAAAUCUAAGACCGGGGAAAACACCGAGACACUUUCUCACCAGAGCUUUGCUGGCAGCUGAGAAUUUUGUUCAAGCGCAACAGAUCUUGAGGGAUUCCGGAAACGGAGCCGGAGAUGGGUGUUCCGUCAAUAUGACGUUUCUGGAACAGGAGGGAGACAGGCUGUUCCAUAACGUGGAAAUGGGGCCCACGGAGACUGAGAACGAGUCGCAAUUGAAUGUUCUGACGGCAAGUCCGGGAGAGUAUUUGUUGCAUUGCAAUUCAUAUUUGCGCUUGCCUGUGAAGGAAGUGAAUGUUGAGAUGUUGCGGAGCAGUGAAGAAAGAAUGGCAGUGUUCAAAAAAUACGACAAGCCGAAAUGUGAGGGCGAUGUUAUUGAAAUGUUGGGGGAUGAUUCGAAUAAAGACUAUCCGGUGUUUAGAGACACGGAUUUUGUGAGGACCAUUGCAGUUGGUAUUUUUGACUGCGUUAAAAGAACUUGGAGUUUAUAUUCCGACAAUCCUAAACAUAACGAACCUUUGGUCGUCCUCCCUUUAGUAUUAAAAAGUGAUAACAAGUAGGUCAGUUACGAUAACGUUAUCAGUAUCACAUCCCAGAAGCUUUAAUAUAAAUAAAUAUAUUAUGAAUGUAUAAAUUCGCAAUAUCUAAUAAAAACGUGAACAGGAA